GGGAAAUAAGUGGAAAAUUUGAAUAGUUGGACGCAGCUAACCUGUAGCGCUCAAUGACAAAUCCCUAAUUGAUUACUAAUUGAGUUCACGGGUGUGGUGUGAUUGGUCCGUCAUGUCGACUGACGCAAUAUAUACGCAAUAUAUACGCUGCCCGAAGACUGGACCAAAGCAUUGCGGGGAAUUGAGUAUGGCAGGUAAUGUGGCUGAAAACACCGCAGUUCUUGAUGCUGGAGAUGCUGUGGGCUUUGCAGAGCAGGAAAACGCAGGUACGACUGGUCUUUUGCGGCCGAAGUUUCAGUGGGACAACAAACCCUGUCUCAAAAUAGCUGCUGUCCGCCCUUUACCGAGAAGUAGCAGCUCUGAAAUGAGUCAGAAUCGGCCGCAGUCUCCUGCUCAAACGUCUUCGUUCUCACCCGCAAGAAUAAGCCCAGGCAUGUCCUCAUCACCCAUCAGAGACAACGUGGACCAAAGAUCGAGGCCCACAUUCAGAUGGAAUUGUACUCGGCAGUGUCCCUUCUCCUUUGAUUUGCGUGACUCCAGGCGAAGAGUUGCUCGUGAGCAAGAGCUGGAGUAUCUGAGGCUGAUGGCUGAAAGUCGUCUGGCGGUGGAUUUCACUUUUAGAGCCAACCCAGUGAGGAAGUACAAACCACUGAUACUGGAGCAGAGCACACGUCCACUCACAAUCCCCAAAUCGCCCUUCUCCAGUCGGUACACAAGAAAGUAGAGAAAAAUAUUUUUUUAUUGAAGAAAUACUAUUUUUAUAAUCUGUAUAAUAAAACUUUCCAAGAGAUUGUCGUUCAAGCAA